GGUUCCGAGCCUGUGCUGAACGAACGGGACUGCGGACAGGUUGGGAGGAGGAACCACACGCUUUGACGCCGUUACGUCAUCCUGCUGCCUGACGGUAACAAGACAAGUAAAACAUGGAGCCCCAGAAGAAGCUGAUCAACUCAGUGGACCGCUGUGUGGACGAGGCCCUCUGUGGCCUCGUCAGGGCCUCUGGGGGCCUCUGUCUGCUGAAGGGCCACAGAGUUGUGCUUCGCUCUGACCUGGACAGUCUGAAGGGCAAAGUGGCCCUUCUGUCUGGAGGUGGUUCAGGACAUGAGCCAGCACAUGGGGGUUAUAUCGGUGCUGGUAUGCUAUCUGCAGCCGUGGCAGGAGGCGUGUUCGCCUCUCCACCUCCCGCCAGCAUCCUGGCUGCCAUUCUCUCCUUACACCAAGCCGGAGCUUCGGGGAUUCUUCUCAUUGUGAAGAACUAUACCGGGGACCGCCUGAACUUUGGCCUGGCUGCAGAGCAGGCCCGUAACCAGGGGGUCAACGUUGACAUGCUGAUUGUUGCAGAGGACUGCGCCUUCGACCAACCCAGUAAGGCCGGCAGGAGAGGCCUGUGUGGCACUGUCUUCAUACACAAGCUUGCUGGGGCCUUGGCAGAAGAAGGCUGUUCAUUGGACCAGAUCGUUUCCAAGAUGAAAGAAGUUCUGAAAAGAAUUGGCACACUGGGAGUGAGCCUGUCUCCCUGCAGCGUUCCCGGAUGCCUUCCUUCUUUCGACCUGCCUCCAGGAGCCAUGGAGCUGGGACUGGGAAUCCAUGGAGAACCUGGAAUCAAGAGAUCAAAGGUGGCAUCUGCAGAUGAGGUGGUGAAGACCAUGAUAGAUCACAUGACCAGCCCAGACAGCCAAUCACAUCUGCCUCUGAAAUCAGGGGACAGUUUCGUUUUGUGUGUGAACAACCUGGGAGCUCUGUCCUGCCUGGAGAUGGCUGUAGUUACCCGAGCUGCCAUCACCUGCCUGGAGAGCCGUGGGGUGGUGGUUGCCAGGGUGAUGUCAGGGUCGUUCAUGACAUCACUGGAGAUGGCGGGAGUGUCGCUGACCCUGAUGAGAGCUGACCCAGAAACACUGAGACUGUUUGAUGCUAAGACCAGCGCCCCCGCGUGGCCGAACCUCAGCACUGCACGUGUGAGCGGACGAAGCUACAUCACAGAAGCUCCCGCUAUGAGCAUGCGGCCACAGGAUGACAAACACUCACAGGGGCCCCUGAGUCCGGUGAUGCGCAAAGUUUUGGACAGGAUUUGUUCCACCUUGCUGGAAAAGCAGGAGGAACUCAACUCUCUGGAUCGGGCUGCCGGGGACGGAGACUGCGGCAACACUCACACUCAGGCCGCCAGAGCCUUUCAGGAGUGGCUCCAGGAUAAUGUGAUUCCUGGUUGCCCGGGGCAACUGCUUUCAGUCCUCGCUGGAUUGGUGGAGGAGAAAAUGGGCGGAUCUUCUGGAGCGCUGUACAGUCUGUUCCUCACCGCCGCUGCUGGUCAUGUGACCGAGGGGCGGAGCAGUGGCGCCGCCUGGGCCACUGCAGUGCAUGCUGGGACGCAAGCCAUGAGAAGAUACGGAGGUGCUGACCCUGGAGACAGAACAAUGCUGGAUGCUUUGUGUCCUGCUGCUGAGGAGCUCAUGAAGCUGACUACAGCACCACCUGCUGGACAGAUGGAUGUAUUACAUGCUGCUGUGCAGAAAGCAGCUGCAGGUGCAGAGGCGACCCGUGACCUCACAGCCAGGGCUGGGCGGGCCAGCUACAUCGCCGCUGAGCGGGUCACCCUGCCUGACCCCGGCGCCGUGGCUGUAGCCGCCAUAUUGAAAGCCGUUGCAGAGACGCUGGGGGAGCAGAAGUGAGGCAAAACCCAGAUUAUUAGUAAUGAUUUGUAAAAAACGUUGACUAUUUAAUUUAAAAAAUCAUCAGAACUUUAGGAAGCUGUAUCCUAAUCAUUAUUUUUUAAGAAAACAUGGAAAAAUAUCUCCAUUGUGCCUUACAAGACAAUAAAACACCAUCAUCCAACGGUAUUUAACAUAAAAAAUAUGUUUUGCAUUCCUGUUUCAGCUAAUUUUCUAAAUAAAUAAAUAAAAGAAAUAGAAAAAACAUUUUGUUUAGAGGAAGCUUUGAAAAGUAUCAGCUGCUGUAAAAUGUUGUCUCAAAUAUGCCUUAAAGACACAUAUAUAACUAAUAAACUUAGAAACACUAACUUUUAUAGAUUUUACUUUGUGUGUUUUACUAAACACUGAAUGCACAUGUUGUCCGGAUGAUGCUAACUAUUAGAUUUUGCACUGCAGGUAACAGUUUCUGCAUCCAGUGAUGAAUAAUGGUACAAGGUUUGAGACAUUCCAACUAAAUAUACAACAGAUUCUAAAUAUGCAUCAAGAAAAUCUUUAAAAUUAGAUUGUUAUUUGAUUUGAGGAUUUUUUGGGAAAACUCACAAAGGAACUGUCAAAAAAUAAAAUUGUUCAAAAUGACACCAGCCAGGCCCAAGAUUUCCCCGAGAAGAUCAAAAUUACAUAAUAAAGCCUUUUAUCUCAGCAGCAGGAAGUUAUAACCUAAUGUUACUUUGUGAGAAAAGCAGUGAUGGUUUCAACAUUAAAUUUAUUUGAUUUGCACAGAUUCAAAUAAACUAAAAGUUGGUUUUUUUUUGUUUUGUUUUGUUAUUUUAUUUUCCUGUUUAUUUAAUGGAAAAACAUGUUUGGACUUUGUUUCCUGCAGAAACAGCUCAGCACGCACACCUGCAUGUUGGAAAACAAACAUUUUUUUUUAAAUCUAAAUUUUCCAGUUGCUUUCAGAUGUUUUAUUUAAUUUCCAUUUUUUGUUCAUGUAAAAUUUGAUGAUAUUUGCCACAUGACAGCAAAACUACACUUUGAGAGUUUAAUUAAAUUAUUUUUCAAAUAGCAUUUGGUGUCGCUCAAAAUUGGUCGCAUUUCAAAGUUAAUUUUACACAGUUUAGCAUCAGACGGACUAGUGAUCAACAAGCUGUUGAGUUUAAAUUUCCACUGCAGAGCUUUUAACUCUGCUGUUGCAGCAUGUUUACUCUCAUUACAAGUUUAAAGUUGAACUAAACCCCACGGAAAUUAAUAACUCCGCCCCCAGACAAACCUUGUGGUCGGUGGGGACGAGUGGAGGGGGUAAGCGGGGGUGUGGUCCAGUUUAUACAGUUUAUCUGCAAAAAAAAGUGGAUUUAGGGUUUAGUUCCUCUUUAAAUACUCCAUACAGGUUAAUAUUGAAACUCCUUCCUUCCUUUUUAAAUUCACUGUAAUCAAUCAUCUGUUUCUUUUGUCAAACACUGUGAUGUUGUCGAUUGCACUAAUAAAAUAAAAAGGAAAACUACAAA